AUGUUGCUACCCACUAGCUCCCAAACUGCACCCUCUCAACUCAGCUCCAGACAAGACCAAAACCCACAACUCUUUUCCAUGAUAAAGACCUGCUCAGAUCUAAUAACCAACCCAGGACAACCUACAUUGAUAAAGACCAUUGCCUCUGCUCAAAACCUCCUUGCCUCCAAAGGCUUUGUCAUCACAUUGGCUGCUCCCAUGAUCAAUACUCUCAUCUUGGCAUUGCUAGAGUUCACAAACACGGCAUCCACGCUAGAAAAACAUGUGGAAGGACCCCUGACACUUUUUGCGCAAAAGACCACAGUGCUUGGAGAAGUGGCAAACAGGAGCAUGGCUACAGCAGAAAUACUAUCAAGAGUUGUCAAGGAGGUAAGUUCCCAACUUGAUAACUCUACCGAGAUGCUAGAAAGCGCAAUUGCUAUGGCAAUCACGCACAUUAACUUGUCUAAUGGACUGGAAGGAGUGGAAGUAGGCAGCAAUUAG